AUGAGUGGUGACGAUAAUCGUGACCGAUACGCCUGCUGGGGUGGACUCUGGCCUGGUAUGGGCGCCGAAAUGAGCACUCAUGCAGGCACCGGUACUUCAGCCUCGGCUGGGUAUCUGUAUGGCGUUCCGCCAAUCUUGGCGCCGCGUGAAUCAAGGUCUGGUGCUGCUUUUGGAGGAACAAGACCACCUGCUGCGUCUGCGUCUGCGCCUGCGUCUGCGCCUGCUCAUCCUGACCGCCCAAUCAAGCGAGAAGCCCAUUUCCCGCCUUCUCCUACCCCUGAUUCAGCCCGCCCGCCUUGUCGCAUUUGCCUCGACGCCGACCUUCAAUGCCCUCUGUCAAAUUGUCGCUGCCCCCAUUGCGUUCGAGGAGAACCAGACAGGUGUAUCGAGGCAGCCAUGGCCUUCCAUCAAACUGAAACCAGGGACGCUUUACACAGGGAGCACGCUUUCAUCCGGACAAGCCUGCACAGAAUAGAAUUGCUUGUUGCCGAGGAUCAACGGUUCCUACAGCGCCAUGAACGCCACUUGUGGCAGCUUGAAAGGGACAACAAGGACUCUGAAAUCCGGCUACUGAAGGCUCAUAUUGACGCUCUGGGCAAUGAAAAUCGACUGCUCCGCAGGCAUGACUCUUUGCAAAAUCAACACAGUCAGCCACCGCCAGCCGUUCCUCACCCCAACCUACCAGUCCAUGAGCCGCCACCCGUCGUUUAUACCGGUUUUUCUGACGCUUUGCCCGUGCUCAACAGCGGGGUUCCUCGAUUCCUUGCCCAGCCAGCUGGCAGAUCCACUAGCGAGGCCGGCAUCCUCAAUCGCACUCCUAGCCUGUGUGACGAAUACGCGGGGAUUACGCCAACGUCUCCUGAGAUUGUUUUCGACGUCUUCGGUGUGCCAGGAUUCGCACGAGACGCGACCCGCGCAAACAGCCCGGAGUGGUCUCCUCCUUCUCCUACUUUGAUGAUGAGGAGGAGCCCCAAGAGGUCAGCCUCUGCCGUCGAUGAUGGUGAGGCUCAAUUGGGCAUGGACGGAGUGGCUCCCAGAACAAGUGUCGCUCAAAGCUACAUCUUCACACCAGCUUCUCCGCAGGGAGCUUCGUCACCUCGCAUCAAGAGGCAGCGCAGCAUGUCCCACGACUAUUUCCUCGUCACUGAUGUCAAUGCAGAACCAGAGGCAGACGAAGGGGAGUUGCAACGACUGACUAUGCAUGCUGGACAUACCCCCAAUCGCUCACUCUCUUCUCCGUCCGCCACGGCCACGGCCGCUGCUAUUGCUGCUGUUACUGCCGCUGCUACUGCCGCUUCCACUGCUGCUGCUGCUGCUGCAGGACCCAGUGGAGGCGGUAUAACCCCGACCGCUGCGCCGUAUCUCGGAUUUGGGAUCAAUCCCAGCAUGAGGGCCAACGCCAAUGCCAACGAGCACACAAAGACGGAAUUUAAACCCGAAGUCAAGCCAGAGAUGAAGUCAGAGAUCAAGCCAGAGAUGAAGUCAGAGAUCAAGCCAGAGAUGAAGAGCGAAGUCAAGUCAGAGAUGAAGAGCGAGGUCAAGUCAGAGAUGAAGAGCGAGGUCAAGUCAGAGAUGAAGAGCGAAGUCAAGCCAGCGGUCAAGCCAGAGGUCAAGGGCGAAAUCAAGCCAGAAGCCAAGGCAAAGGCUGAGGAGACUGGCACAGCAGAGAUCGACUCCUUCUAUGAAAACGUCAUGCGGAACUCGCCACCGCUGUCACAACGAAACAGGCGCAUGACCAUCCCAGACGUUACCGAAGGGCUUCAGUCACAGAUGGACGAAGCAAACAGACGUCAAAGCCGACUCAAUGUCGCGAGUUAUUCCCCUCCCACAAACCCUGGCUCUUCCAUCAUCGGUUCUCCUGCCUCACAGCGGGCUCUCCUUGACGCCAUGGAUGAUAAUCCUCUCGCCGGCCCGUUGAUGAUUCGGAACAUUCCCGCGCAAGAUGAAGUUUUUCUACAAGCCCUGAAUGGAAGACUAGGGCCUAUUAGCCAAGGUCAAGAUGCCCUCCCCAGAGUUGUGCAGGAUCUUGACAUGAGUGCUGUUCCCGACGAUGCGGAGAGAUUAGAGGCUCAAUCGGACUCUGGUGAGGAUGAGGAUGCCCCCGUGAAAAUCGAGCGGCCCAUUCGAAGAGAAGAUUCAGACUCGGACAGCGAGCCGGGCCCUGAGGUUACUCUCAAACUUCGACAUACCAGCAACUUUGGUGCUCCCUUUGGAAGAAUGUAG